CAGAAGUAAAUCUGACCUCCUCCUUCAGAUCACUAUGUAAACAUACCUGCAUGUCUGAGAGACAGACAUACUCAUUUAUAAACAGUCUCACUUCACGAACAAUCCACAGCCUCGGCUGAAACAUCUGAAUGCAGCUGGUUGUGAUCAUCGGAAUCCGGAUGUGAUGAAAAUGUUUCAUCUCAAAGUUUCUCCAGGAGCAGCAGCUCGAGCGCGCGGGACUCUCGCGCACAAACCAAACUCAUUAUUCAGCGUCUGUUUGACAGGGAGUUUUGCACUAUUUUUGGGUGGAAUCUGAUAGUUUUUAAGGAGUUUUGAUCCUAAGCAGGGUAUUAAGGAAACUUUUUCUAACGGUACGCCGGUUUUGCCUGAAAAAAGGAUGCGAAUAAAGGAGUUUCGCCGUUGACAUGUUUGAAAGGUUUGAGGGCUGAUUGCGUGGGGCAUUGUUGUUUUUGGGUGUGUUUAGUAUCUAAACUUCUGGCUCAUGUCCUCGGAGACUAUUUUACCUCCGGAGGGGCCUGAAGGGCCAAAAAAGCAGCUUCAAGAGGAGACAAACCCACUUCUGUCAAAAUCAACAGAUAAAUGCAACAGCUGCACUGAUGAAUCAUCGGAUGCUACGGAAACAUCCCAAACUCCGAUACCAGGAGGUCACACUUCAGACGAGCAGGGUCACAUGACUGGGGAGAACCACACCCAUGAUGGUCUUGUUAGAACUCAACCUCAGCCUCUUCCCCAGCCAGCAACAUCCCUGCAGCAUGCCACUGAUGGAGAGGCUGCCAGGCAGCAGAACGGUCUGCACACAGCGCUAAGUAAUGGCCAUGGCACGCCCCGCGGGGUCACACAACCACCCUCCGCCGGCCACACCCCGGAGCCCAGGAAGCAUCCAUCGCCCGUUUCGCACCGCGUGCAGAGAAAGCUUCGCUCUAGCCUGUCGGUCAACAGUGACAGCAGCAGAAGGAGUAAAAGCAGCUCGACGGGUUCCCAUAAACCUGGCUCUACUCCAGAGGACUGCUGUGUCCACUGCAUCCUGGCCUGCCUGUUUUGUGAAUUUCUCACUCUGUGCAAUAUGGUGGUGGCUCAGGCCUCGUGCGGCACCUGCACAUCAGAAGCCUGUUGCUGCUGCUGCUGCGCAGACGACCUGGGAGAUGACUGCAACUGCCCCUGUGACAUGGACUGUGGCAUUAUGGAUGCGUGCUGUGAGUCCUCGGACUGCCUGGAGAUCUGCAUGGAGUGCUGCGGAAUCUGUUUCCCAACAUAAAAGCCCAGAUGCAUGCAGGCAACAGCCAGGACAGAUGUUGAGCGAGAAAGAGUGAGUGUGUGUGUGUGUGUGGGUGUGUGAAUGAGAGCAACUGAGUGUGUUCUUUUCACACUUGUGAAAAAUCUGUUCCUGAGCUCAAGAUGACCAUAAAGGUCAUACAAAAGGACAAAAAUACAUUAUGCACUUCACAUAUCCUCGUAGACUAAAAGUGCACAAAAGCAUAGAUAUUCAGCGCUUUAUAUUCAAUGCUUUAAUGUAUCAGAGCUUGUCCUAUUUACUGUUUCAAUUGAGUUUUCAUCUCUUUUUGCAGAGGUUUUUAACAUGUUUCUUUUGUUUUCAAUGACAUUUCACACUUUAUAAUUUUAAAAACUUGCAGAUGUUGAAAUUAAAACGGUAGACGUCACAUGACUUGAGGUCGCUCUGCACAUCACUGUAAUUUGAGUGGAAACAUAGCGCUUUUACACCGUCAGAGGUCAAGCCUUUGUGGGUGUUAAGUGGGAUUCUUAUUUUGAACUGUUUCUGAAAAACAGAGAGGGCUGUUUAAAUGAUAUUUAAACUGUGUCUACUGUAGCUCAUUUAAUUAAAAUAUCCCUAAGUUCUUGAAACGA